UGACGUCACUGCGCACAUGUGAGCGGAACCCAGGUGGCUGUGGGUUCCAGUGUUUAUCUUUGUUGUAUUUUGUUAAUAAAUAUAGCAGUGUGAGUUUAGUGUAGCAGGUGUGUGUGUGUAAGAUUCUCCACGAUGGGAGGUUUACAGAAGAAGAAGUAUGAAAGCGGCUCGGCCACCAACUACAUCAGCAGGAACAAAGCGCGCAAGAAGCUGAGCCUGAGUCUGCCUGAUUUCAGACGAUUGUGCAUCUUGAAAGGAAUUUACCCUCAUGAACCCAAACACAAGAAGAAGGUCAACAAGGGCUCCACGGCCCAGAGGACCUUCUACCUGCUCAAAGACAUCCGCUUCCUCUUGCACGAGCCCAUCAUCAACAAGUUCCGGGAGUACAAGAUAUUCGUGCGUAAGCUGCGGAAAGCGUACGGGAAGGCAGAGUGGGGCUCCGUCGAGAGGCUGAAAGACAACAAACCCGCAUACAAACUGGACCACAUCAUAAAGGAGAGGUAUCCAACGUUCAUCGAUGCGCUGCGCGACGUAGACGACUCUCUGUCCAUGUGUUUCCUGUUCUCUACGUUCGCACGCACCGGGAAGUGCCACGUGCAGGUGAUCCAGCUGUGCCGCAGACUCACUGUCGAGUGGAUGAACUACAUCAUCACCUCACGCUCGCUUAAGAAGGUGUUUCUGUCCAUCAAAGGCAUCUAUUACCAGGCAGAAGUGCUGGGACAGACCAUCACCUGGCUCGUACCAUAUCAGUUUGCUCAUGAUCACCCUACAGAUGUGGAUUACAGAGUCAUGGCCACUUUCACAGAGUUCUACACCACACUGCUUGGCUUCGUCAACUUCCGUCUCUACCAAACCCUCAACCUCGUUUAUCCGCCUAAGCUUGAUGGCAAAGGGGAGUCAGAUCUGAAAGCUGAAUUUGAGGAGGACUAUGCCAUGGAUUCGGAGAGCUACCUGGAGAAACUGUCAGCGCUGAGCGCCAGUCUGGCUCGUGCCGUCUCCACGGCUGAAGAAGAGGAAGCAGAAAUGGACCAUUUCCCCGCUGAAGGGGAGGACAUGGAGAAGAUGGAGGCGAGGGUGAAGGCGCAGCAGGAGGAGAACAGACACAAGAAGCUCUUCGAGGGCCUGAAGUUCUUCCUGAACAGAGAAGUGCCGAGAGAGUCUCUGGCUUUCUUGCUGAGGUGUUUCGGAGCACAGGUGUCCUGGGACAGGUCUCUGUGUAUCGGCAGCACGUAUGACAUCACUGACGAGACGAUCACGCACCACGUGGUGGACAGACCCAGCCUGGACAAACAAUACAUCAACAGGUACUACGUUCAGCCUCAGUGGGUGUACGACUGUGUGAACGCUAAGAUGCUCCUUCCGGUGGAGGAUUACUUCCUGGGCGUCACACUUCCUCCUCACCUGUCACCCUUCGUAGAGGAAAAGGAGGGCGAUUACGUUCCUCCGGAGAGGCAGAAACUCUUGGCUCUCCAGAGAGGAGAGAAACCUGAGGAGGAUGAGGAAGAGGAAGAAGACGAGGACGAAGAGGAAGAUGCUGAGGAUGAGGAUGAAGAAGAAGAAGAAGAAGAGCUGGAGGAGGAAGAGGCUGAACAAGAGGCUAAACUCAAAGAUAUGGAACAGAAGAGAACCCAGGGCAAGGCCUUAUCAGUGAAGGUGACCCCUGGAAAGGUGACUCCAGACAACAAGCAGAGACUGGAGCAAGAAGAGAAGGCUGAAGAGAAGAGGCUCGCCAUCAUGAUGAUGAAGAAGAAGGAGAAAUACCUUUACGAUAAGAUCAUGUUCGGGAAGAAGAGGAAGGUUCGAGAGGCAAACAAAAUGACAGCCAAGAGAAAAGCUUUGGACGAGGCCAGCAAAUCGGACAGGAAGAAGAAGAAGUUGAAGAAACAGUAGAGCGGAAAUGAGAGUCAAUGUUGUUUUUAUGAUUAAAACUAAUUCUAUCCAUUUAUCUGAAA